AUGUGGUUCCUGGUUCUGUGCCUCGACUUAUCCCUAGGCGAGACUGGCGCCCUGCCCCCCAUCCAGUCCCGGAUCAUAGGAGGCUGGGAGUGUGAGAAGCAUUCCAAACCCUGGCAGGUGGCUGUGUAUCAUCAAGGGCACUUCCAGUGUGGGGGCGUUCUGGUGCACCCCCAGUGGGUGCUCACAGCCGCUCACUGCAAGAGCGACGAUUACCAGAUCUGGCUGGGGCGCCACAAUCUGUCUGAGGAUGAAGACACAGCCCAGUUCCACCAGGUCAGUGACAGCUUCCUAGAUCCACAAUUCGACCUGAGCCUCCUGAAGAAGAAACACCUGCGCCCUUAUGAUGACAUCAGCCACGACCUCAUGCUGCUCCGCCUGGCUCAGCCCGCCCGGAUAACAGACGCUGUGAAGAUCCUGGACCUGCCCACCCGGGAACCCAAACUGGGAAGCACCUGCUACACCUCGGGCUGGGGCCUGAUCAGCACGCUUACAAACAGAGGGUCAGGCACACUCCAGUGUGUGGAACUCCGACUCCAGUCUAAUGAGAAGUGUGCCCGAGCCUACCCAGAGAAGAUGACCGAGUUCGUGCUGUGCGCUACCCACAGGGAUGAUAGCGGAAGCAUCUGCCUG